CUCUUCCAUCCAAACCAAGCCUGACCUGCUAUAGAGAACAACAAAAACCUCCAUAACAAGUCGGGGCAAAAUGGGAAAUAAACUGAUCACCAAGGUGUUUAAUGAUCCCAUCCAUGGUAGCAUAGAGUUACACCCACUCCUCAUCAAGAUCAUUGACACACCUCAGUUCCAGAGACUUCGAUUCAUAAAGCAGCUUGGAGGUGUCUACUUUGUUUACCCUGGAGCGUCUCACAACCGCUUUGAACACUCGAUCGGGGUGGGAUACUUAGCAGGAAAACUUGCUGAGGCUCUCAGGUCAAGGCAGCCGGAACUCAACAUCACUGACAGAGACGUCCUUUGUGUUCAGAUUGCUGGCCUCUGUCAUGACCUGGGUCAUGGACCCUUUUCCCAUCUGUAUGAUGGACUGUUCCUCCCCAAAGCACUGGAAAAAAAGAGGAAAUUAAAGAAAUGGAAGGUAAAAAGUUUUUAUUUCUGUUGUAAUAUAACAAAUGAAAUACAGAGGAACGGCAAAACUGAAGCACAUGUACCUUUCACACUGGCUUGUUCUUUUGAAACAAAAUCCAGGAUGUUCUUUUUUGUUUGCUUUUUCAGGUGUAAUGGGAUUAUGCACAUUUCCAAGAAUGUUGAUCUAUUUCUUUAAUAACAAUGAACUUUGUAGCUUGUGUUGCUAAA